CAAUGCGGGCCUGGGCCGCUAGGGGUCGCUGCGACUCCCCUUUGUGGUCCUGAUGCUGCGGGGGGCGCGGGGUGGGGGGGCGGCGGAGGCGGCGGGAGGCGCGGGCCGGUGGGCACCAUGGUCCGGCUGACGGAGAGCGAGCGCCGCCCGCAGCUGCCGCCCCCCGGGGCCCGGCCCGACGGCGCCAAGGACCUGGACGCCAUCAAGCUGUUCGUGGGCCAGAUCCCCCGGCACCUCAGUGAGCGUGACUUGGCCCCCCUCUUCGAGCAGUUCGGCCGCAUCUACGAGCUCACCGUCCUCAAGGACCCCUACACCGGUCUGCACAAAGGCUGUGCCUUCCUCACCUACUGUGCCAGAGACUCCGCCAUCAAGGCUCAGAUUGCCCUGCACGAACAGAAAACCUUGCCGGGGAUGGCGCGGCCGAUCCAGGUGAAGCCUGCGGACAGCGAGAGCCGAGGAGGUAGGGACCGGAAGCUGUUCGUGGGGAUGCUCAACAAGCAGCAGAGCGAGGAGGACGUGCUGCGGCUCUUCCAGCCCUUCGGCGUCAUCGACGAGUGCACGGUGCUGCGCGGCCCCGACGGCAGCAGCAAGGGCUGCGCCUUUGUGAAAUUCUCCUCGCACACGGAGGCGCAGGCCGCCAUCCACGCCCUGCACGGCAGCCAGACCAUGCCGGGGGCCUCCUCCAGCCUGGUGGUCAAGUUUGCUGACACAGACAAGGAGCGGACGCUGAGGCGUAUGCAGCAGAUGGUGGGCCAGCUGGGCAUCCUGGCACCGUCCCUCACCCUACCCUUCAGCCCUUACAGUGCCUAUGCGCAGGCCCUCAUGCAACAGCAGACCACCGUCCUGUCCGCCGCGGGUACCUACCUGAGCCCCGGCGUGGGCUUCUCCCCCUGUCACAUCCAGCAGAUCGGCGCCGUCAGCCUCAACGGGCUGCCCGCCACGCCCAUCGCCCCUGCCUCCGGCCUGCACUCGCCCUCACUGCUCAGCGCUGCCGCUGUGCCCGGCCUGGUGGCGCCCAUCAACGGCUUCUCGGGGGUCGUGCCCUUCCCCGCCGGGCACCCUGCCCUGGAGACUGUGUAUGCCAAUGGCCUCAUACCCUACCCAGCACAGAGCCCCACGGUGGCCGAGACCCUCCAUCCCGCCUUCUCUGGAGUCCAGCAGUAUACAGCCAUGUACCCCGCUGCCGCCAUCACGCCCAUCGCGCACAACGUCCCCCAGCCGCCGCCUCUCCUGCAGCAGCAGCAGCGAGAAGGUCCCGAGGGCUGUAACCUGUUUAUCUACCACCUCCCCCAGGAGUUUGGCGACUCGGAGCUGACGCACAUGUUCCUGCCUUUUGGCAACGUCAUCUCCUGCAAGGUGUUCAUGGACCGGGCCACCAACCAGAGCAAGUGCUUUGGCUUCGUGAGCUUUGACAACCCGGCCAGCGCACAGAGCGCCAUCCAGGCCAUGAACGGCUUCCAGGUUGGGAUGAAGAGACUAAAAGUGCAGUUAAAGCGUCCCAAGGACCCCGGGCACCCCUACUGACCCUCCCCCAGCUGCGGGAGGCCAGGUGAGGGGUCCCCCUGCUUCCGAGCCACGCGGAGUCUGGAACCAGCCCUCCUCCGCUUGCCCCUGCACCCCCUCCACGCCCGCCUGCACCCCCAGAUGUGACAGUCCAGACGGUGGCACGGAGCGGGGCUGGGGCCCUUCCCGGACGGGUCGGGAACUGGGGGGGGGGCGCUCCCUUGGACCACUUCCUCCUGCCACUCCCCAAGACACAGCUACUUCCCCCUGUCCACGUCUGGGGGCGGCAGGAGACAGUUUAUAUCUAUUUUUGGGGCCAAACUUUUCCGCUCACUCAGCAGGGUUCAUUCAGCUGGGGGGGUCGGCCUCUAAACCCCAAAGGGCUGCGGCUGGCCGGGUCAUGGGGUGCAGGGGGCGACCCCUAGCCUGAGGGCUCUCACCACCCCCACACCCCAGCUCCCCACCGUUGAGCUCCAGGAUGUGAAACCCCCCUCCCACGGGCGACAAUAGUCUCCCUGACCCAAACUGCAACUUCUAGACCCUCCCACUGCCCCCCUCGUCCCCCCUUGUUUCCCCUUUGUCCCUGUAGGCACAAGACCCCCCCCCCCCCAUCAUAGCCUUACACGUACGACCAAGCAACCAACAGGUCUUACCUUUCUGUCAUGGGGGGACCAUUAGGGUUUGGGGGACCCCUCCCCAACCGCCCCCCAAGGACAGACCUUGGGCUCUGCAUCACCAGCUUGGGGUUCACUCACUCCCUUUGCCAACGCAGGACCCCAGCCUGUACUGGGUCAGCGACCCCCCCCCCAUUCUGUUUCUCUCUCCCUUUCUCUCUCUCUCUUUUUUUUUUUUUUUGCCAGAGCACUGCUCAGCUCUGGUUUAUGGUGGUGUGGGGGAUUGAACCUGGGACUUGGGAGCCUCAGGCAUGAGAGCUGGUUUGCAGAACUAUUAUGCUGUCUCCCACACCCCCACUCCACUUCUCUCACAGCUGCCAAGAAGACUUUCUUCCCUUUCCUCUUUCAGCCCUUCUGAGCAGAGAGAGAGAGAGGGAGAGGGAGAGGGAGAGGGAGAGGGAGGGCAAGCGAGUGAGCAGCGUGGGGGCUCAGAUGCCAAGGGACUUCUUUCUUGUUGCCUCUUUGGGCAGGGGCGGGGCGGGGAGACAGGCGGGGUGUCCACGCAGCACCCCAGAACCAUGGACCAAGCUCCUUGAAGCACAGAAUUCAGUCCCCCGCCACCCCCGGACCCCACCCCAGACAACUACCACCGCUAGAAACUUUUCACCAAGAGAAAAGAAGAAAAAGAAAAAAGAAAAAAAAAAGGAAAACAAAAAAAUUCUUCUAAGCAGCCGACCGGCGCGUCUGGGAUGGGUUGGCCGCGUGCGAGGCCCCGUGCGCCUGCCGGCUGUCCGUGUGCAUACCCCCGCCCCGCCAGGACCGCGCGCCCUGCGCCCUGGGCCCUGAGCCCUGAGCUGUGUUCUUGGUCCAUGUUUACGAACUCUCAAUACCGUUUUUAUACUCGCCUCAAAGACCUCUGUGAUUUGUACGAUGUUUAUUUCUGCUACAAGCUCUUUCCACUCUGCCCAGCCUGACUUUUGAAGGCGCGCACACGCACACAACACACAGAAAAGCAAAAAACAAAAAAACCCAGUAACAACAUGAGAAGGACUCAGAGGGACCUUUUUUGGGGUUGAUGUGGUUUGCGUUUUGUGUCAGUGGAGCUUGGCCCUGGCUGUGGGGGGUUCUUUCUUGUCACUGUGGUGUGUUCCAGGUGAGGGACCCCAGCGUCCCCAGAUGCCUCUCUUUGGUCUGGAGAAACAAGAUUUAUUUAAUAAAAGUUUUACUUGCUAAAACAC